GCCUGGUAGUGGGACCGGAAGUUAUUCCGGAGGGGGGGAGGGAUGGCCGUGAUGGGGGGGGCGCGGCGGGGGGGCCGGCCCCUCCCCAGGUGAAGCCCCUGCUGGAGAUGGAGCCGCCGCCGCCGCGGAGCGCCGGGCCCCCGGCCUGGCUGCCGCCGCCACCUCAGUGACCCCAUCCCGCCCCGCGCGGGGCCAGCGUGGGGGACCCCACCCCUCGGCCCACCCGACACGGCCCCCGACGGCCCGCGCGCGCGCGGAGACGCCUCAGGACCUCUCUAAGAUGGACUUAGAAGACUGCAAUGCCCGUUCCUAUAUGUCUGGUAUGCCUUCUGUAUGUUCCGUCCAGACGGGCGUGGGAGCAGACCCUGUGGAUGAAGGCAGAGAGCCUUCAGCCCUGGCACGCGACUUCUACUUGACUAAAUGCCAGGCUCAGCUGCCGCUCAGUGCGGUAGUGCUUGGAGGUAGCGGGGACUCAUCUCUGGAGAAGGAGUUCCUCGGGGCCCCAGUGGGGCCCUCGGUGAGCACCCCAAACAGCCAGCAUUCUUCACCCAGCCGCUCACUGAGUGCCAACUCCAUCAAGGUGGAGAUGUACAGCGAUGAGGAGUCGAGCAGACUGCUGGGGCCAGAUGAACGCCUCCUGGAUAAAGACGACAGUGUCAUUGUGGAGGACUCCUUGUCAGAGCCCUUGGGCUACUGCGAUGGAAGUGGACCAGAGCCUCACUCCCCCGGCGGCAUCCGGCUACCCAAUGGCAAGCUCAAGUGUGACGUCUGUGGCAUGGUCUGUAUCGGGCCCAACGUGCUCAUGGUACACAAGCGCAGCCACACUGGGGAGAGACCCUUCCACUGCAAUCAGUGCGGCGCCUCCUUCACACAGAAGGGGAAUCUGCUGCGCCACAUCAAGCUGCACUCAGGGGAGAAGCCCUUCAAAUGUCCCUUCUGCAACUAUGCCUGCCGCCGGCGGGAUGCACUCACAGGCCACCUCCGCACACACUCAGUCUCUUCUCCCACAGUGGGCAAACCCUACAAGUGCAACUACUGUGGCCGGAGCUACAAGCAGCAAAGCACCUUGGAGGAGCACAAGGACCGAUGUCACAACUACCUGCAGAGCCUCGGCGGCACGGAAGCCCAGGCUCUGGCGGGCCAGCCAGGUGAUGAAAUGCGUGACCUGGAGAUGGUGCCCGACUCCAUGCUGCACUCAUCCUCUGAGCGGCCAACGUUCAUCGAUCGCUUGGCCAACAGCCUUACCAAACGCAAACGUUCCACCCCGCAGAAGUUUGUAGGUGAAAAGCAGAUGCGGUUCAGCCUCUCCGACCUCCCCUAUGACGUGAACCCCGGCAGUGGCUAUGAAAAGGAUGUGGAGUUGGUGGCGCACCAUGGCCUGGAGCCUGGUUUUGGAGGUUCUCUAGCCUUUGUGGGUACAGAGCAUCUCCGUCCCCUCCGCCUCCCCCCGACCAACUGCAUCUCAGAACUCACACCUGUCAUCAGCUCUGUGUACACCCAGAUGCAGCCCCUCCCCAGCCGUCUGGAGCUCCCAGGGUCCCGAGAAGCAGGUGAGGGACCUGAGGACCUGGGAGAUGGAGGUCCUCUUCUCUAUCGGCCCCGAGGCUCUCUGACUGACCCUGGGGCAUCCCCCAGCAAUGGCUGCCAGGAUUCCACAGACACAGAGAGCAACCAUGAAGAUCGGAUUGGCGGGGUGGUGUCCCUCCCUCAGGGUCCCCCACCUCAACCUCCUCCCACCAUAGUGGUGGGCCGGCACAGUCCCGCCUAUGCCAAAGAGGACCCCAAACCACAGGAGGGGUUAUUGCGGGGCACCCCAGGCCCCUCCAAGGAAGUGCUUCGGGUGGUGGGUGAGAGUGGCGAGCCCGUGAAGGCCUUUAAGUGUGAACACUGCCGCAUCCUCUUCCUGGACCACGUCAUGUUCACCAUCCACAUGGGCUGCCACGGCUUCAGAGACCCUUUCGAGUGUAACAUCUGUGGUUAUCACAGCCAGGACCGGUAUGAGUUCUCUUCCCACAUUGUCCGUGGGGAACACAAGGUGGGCUAGCGGACCCCCCCCCCCCCCCCGGUCCUGUCCUCAGCCCACCGCUCCACUGCCCCACCUACAGGUGUCUAGCCCACACCCCAAGGAGUUUUGCAUCCACUGGCCACCUCACUUCACAUUUGACCCCAACCCUCUUUGCUCUUCCCUUCUCUCCCCUGGCUGACGUAAGCAUUGUGACAGACGAGUCUUUUUGCUUAUAUUUCUCCUUCUGAACUCCUCUCUCCCGGCAUCUUUGCUGUUUAUUAAUGACGUUUCCUUGGCCUUUUUAAAUGUACCGCAAUCUCUGGCCACUCCUUCACUCUCCUGCCCAAGGCUCCCGUCUGCUCUAAGCCUAGAUUUUUUUUUUUUCCUCUUAUGGAUCCCAGCUCCUCCAACAGCCCCAGGGGUUGGAAGCUCCUCUUUGUACUUCGGGAGCUUCUUGCUUUAAUCCUGACCCUUAUUUAUCUGACUCUUCACUUUCGAUGUUGAUACCUCCCUGCGGCCCCACCUUAGCGCUGUGGCAUUAUGAUCUCCUCUCUGGGACCCUUCAACCUGGUACUUCAUACCUCUUGUGCCCCUCUCUCUCCAGGCAGCUUGCACUAUUCUUAAACGAAUGAAGAAUUUCCUCAGUGGAAGUAGGGGGCUGUAGAAACUCUCCCCAGGAACUCUGGACUGAGGGUCCUCUUGACCUCACCUGGGAACACAAGCUCCCUAAAGCCUCCAAUCAGGGCCUCCCUCCAGGAUGUGAUAUCGCUCUUCCCUCUCCCCGGCCCACCCCUCAACACCACUCUGGUCUCAACCUGCCACCCUCCUCAGUGGUGGCUUCUCUCUUCUUGGAAUGCCCCCAUUUUAUAUUCUCAGGGGCUAAAGCUAGGCCUGCAGCCCUGUCUGACAGACUGGCAGCUGCGGGUGCCUCGCUGAGAACCAGGGCACGGGAAAGGGGGUGGGCAGAAACCUCUCCUCCACCUUUCAGACUUUUUCACUCCAGUGACCUUUCUAGGCUCUCAGGGACUCCUUCUGUCCCCAUUUUAUGAGAAACUGGUGGGUUGCUGCCCAACGACCAGGGGUCUCUCAGCCCCAUCAGUCACGCUGCCUUUUUCCUUCUAGCAGGAUUCACUGUCUCGUUCCCAGGCUCCUGGGCCCUGUUGUUAUCAGUGGCAGGGAGAAAGGAAUGUCUCUUUUCUCUCUGCUAAUUUUCAGUAUAACCAAAAAUUGUCCCAGAAUGAAUGGCAUGUGUGUGCCCACCAGACCAUUCCAUUCUUGUGCCAGCAAGAAUGGGAUGGACACAACUAACCGGGCGCCAUCCUUCACUGCCCUUCCACACUCGGCUCCGGACACAGGGCAGGAGGGGCCUUCUUCUCUGGUGGUUGCAGAGACCCUGGCUAUCUGGAACAUCGUCAGGGUUCGUGAGACCAUGCAGGAGAAGGCAUAGCUCCACCGCACGUGGAGGUCUCUCUCUCUCUCUCUCUAGAGUUCCCUGCCAAGGCCACAGCCAUCCCACUCUCUGCUUCUUUGAGAUUCAAACCAAAGGCUGUUUUUCUAUGUUUAAAGAUAACAAGAAAAAAAAAAAAAAGUAAAAACCCAACACAGCACCUCAUAAGUUAUAAGUCUCGGUCUUCUCUCCUCCUUUCCUUCCCUUCCUCUUCCAUCUCUCUUUCCAUGUCCCUUUUCUUUGUGGGCUCCUCGGCCUCUCUCUACUUCUCUCCCUCCCUGGUGGGGAUAUUGAGAGGCACAAAGGAGUGGGCUACAUCAGAUCCUGGCAAUGGGGCUGUUAAACCUUCUGGAGAGUCUGCUUUCCCAAUCAUGAGAAGGGCAGGGUUGAAAACAGUCUUCUCUUCCUUCUCCUGCAUUACAUGGCUUCCCAGAAGGACCAGAUUGGCAGGGAGGAGCUUUUGCGGGGUGGUUCUUCCUCCUUGACGAUGUAGCAAUAAACAGGUGCUGCUAAAGGCGGAGAAUGGGGUCUGAGCUCCGGAGGGAGUGGUCCCCGGAGAAGGGAAGGCUGGGUCUCCGCAGCAGAACCUUGGCACUAGCUCCUGGGAUGGCAGCAGAGCUGUGGUUAGUAUCUCCUGAACUAUUCUGGCCGCUGAGCCUCUUCCCGGUAGACCUGCUCCCACCUGCCCUGUGUCUGCCAUGUAUUGGGGGAUACCUCAGAAGGACUAGUUCCUCUGAGGCAUCAGAGCCUCUGAGUGCCCCAUUGCCCCUUCCUUUAGUCAGCCUUAGCACCUGUAACCCCCCAGAAACCUGAAGGAUUAUGCUCCGAGGCUGUGUGCCUACAAGAGCAGAGAAGGAAGGGCAAGACCAGGUGCUAGGGAGGAGAGGGGCAGCCUGUCUCUCUCCCGCCCAUCACUGCACUUUAACCAGGGUCUUAGGUACAAAAUCCUACUUUUCAGAGCCUCCCAGCUCUGGAACCUCAAACAUCCUCAUGUUCUCUCCCAGCUCCUUUUGCAUAAAAAAAAAAAGAAAAAAGAAAAAGAAGAAAAAUCAACAACAAAAC